AUGCACAUGCGCAUGUGCAUGUGCAUGUGCCUGCGGUGGGCAGCCGCGUCGAGCUGCACUCUCUUCGGAGAGCUCAGCGAGGCGGGGCGCCUCCCUGUGCAGCUCGUCGAUCGGCCCCCGUCGGGCGGCGCUGCGAGGGUCCUGUCGGUCAAGCCGAGCAAUGUGCGUCCGCUGCCCGCGGCCGAUAGUGGGGAUGAGCCGGACUUUGAGCCGGUAGAGCCGUCUGCGAGCGACAUCGACAUCGUCGGAGUGGGCGUCGGCGGAGCUUCCUCGGGCGUGGCGGCGCUGGCAGAGGCGGAAACAAUCGCAUCAUCCGGCCCCUCGAGCCACGGCGAUCAAGCGGAGAUCGACACGUGCAGAAGCGUGCUCGGGACGCGCGCGGUACUUGCAGCCGAAAGCGGUGGCGGCCAGGACGAGCUCCAGGGCACUGCAUCUCCGCCACCGCACGCCCCUCCUCCGCCUCGGCGGCGCGAGUCCGACAGGCGCAGGGAGCGGCGCAGGCAAAUCGCGGAAGCCAAGGGGGCUGCUGUUGCCGCGUCCGGAGAAGACAGUUGGGACGCGCUCGUCGCGGUGCUGACCUCCGAGACGGGAGACGCCUCGCACCUGAGGCGGGCGGUGGAGGCCGCCACGCCGCACGCUUCUGCUUUGCCGGAGGGUACGGAGGGGCUGCUGAUUGCCGCCCGCGAGCGUCUGCCCGCGAUGGAGCGGGUCGAGGAGUCCGUCGCUCUGCGCGAGAGACAGGCGGGCAAGGAGACCGUGGCGGCGGCCGACUCGGCGCAGCUGGUGCGUGGCGACAUGCUGCUCGACAACUCGGGCUUCUCGUGGAACGGCGACGCCGACGGCGAGUGCCCCAUUUGCAAAGAAAAGUGGUCUAGCCUGUUAGACGUGAGCGUGGCCGUGCUCGAGUGCAGACACGCGACGUGCGCAGCCUGCCUUUGCCUCAUGCGUGAGAUGGUCCCCGCGAGUGAGGAGCAGCAGGACCCGCUCGUGCCUCACGGGCAGGGCGUGACCACCCGCUUCCAAUGCCCGCAAUGCAAGCUGCUCCUCGACCCGGCCACCGUCGAAAACCUCGCGCUGCAGGCCUACCAGGCGUCGGACCACCUCCGCCUCCUUGCCGGACACCUCGCCGCCGUCGCACCAGGCCUCGACGACGCAGUUCCGGCGAUGCUCGUGCACCACCGCCUCGACUCUGCGGCGGUGGGGCAGGAUCUCUUCGAGAUGCUCUCGCGGCACGCUGACGGUGCGGCGGAGCGGACGAGAGGCAGCCUCGACUCGGGUCGCAAGCAGGAGAUAUACCUCGAGGCGAGGCGGCCCGUCGUCGCGCUUCGGAGGGAGCUGGAGGAGGAGGAGAAGAGGCUCGCGACGCUGGACAAGCGCGAUGAGAGGCUCGGGCCGGGCGCUUUCUCCGCCGAGUGGCGGUCUUGCCGCGGCCGCUGCGACGAGCUGCGGGGGAAGCUCCGGGCGGCGCAGCAGAACGCGGCGGCGAGCAUCUUUGCGACGCUGAACGACGAAGGCCUGGGGAUGGGGUCGGACGCGGGUGAGUCAAGGCCCCUCUACGUCGACAUGCACGGAUUGCACGUCGCCGAGGCGACGGCCAAGUUCGACGAGCUGAUCGUGCCCGUGCUGCCUGCCCUCCGCCGCACCCGCUGCGUGGUCGUGACUGGCCGUGGGAGGCACAGCACGAGCGGUGAGGCCAAACUGCGCGAGGCACUGGUGCGGCACGCGCGCCACCGCGGGCUGAGGUGUGAAGUGAUGCAGGGGAAUGGAGGGGCGUUGGAGAUCAGCCCGGCUGUGGAGUGA